CACUGUACAGACAAGCUCUCUUCAUCUGCCUGGUCUCUCAUCAAUUCAUUCGGGCUUUUGUCCACUUUAAAACAAAACCAGCACGUCUGAUCGUGAAAACCAGCUGAAAUAGGGAGCAUUUAAAUGUCGGACCAUGCCUAAAGGACUUCUGAAACUUCUUUGCAUCUUCAUGUUUUCGUUUCGUCUUUUUAAAGCAUCAGCUGUUUUUUAUCAGGUUCCCGUGGGACUGCAACGCACAGUAUCAGAACAAAACACUGGACGCCCCCCUGCUGGAGCAAUCACACUCAACAGGAACUGGUGCCAGUACACAGUACAGAAGACUGUUUCAUGCCAGACACAAAAUGGGACAGAGACUGUUGUGCAGCGAUUGUUUCAGAGUUGCCGCUGGCCUGGGCCAUGUUCAAACCUCAUCAGCUACAGAUUGCUGAUGAGACCUGUGUACAGAGUGACCUACAGGAAAAUCACUUCUCUGGAAUGGCGUUGCUGUCCAGGAUUUCAUGGGGAAGACUGCAGAGAGGGUGAUGCAUGGAGCACAUUUCUCUAA